GCCCGGAGCCGGAGGCGACCGGAGGGAAAAGUUGCGUGCGGGGCCGGGCCGGGCGCGAUGCCGGGGCGCGGCGCGCUCUGCCUGGGGCUGCUGCUGCCCGUCCUGCUGGGCUGCGGCUCGGCGCAGGCCGGCGGCUGCCCGGCCCUCUGCGAGUGCUCGGAGCCGGCCAAGACGGUGAAGUGCGUGAACAGGAACCUGACGGCGGUGCCCCCCGACCUGCCGCCUUACGUGCGCAGCCUCUUCAUCACCGGCAACCCCCUGACCGACCUGCCGGCCGGCUCCUUCCCUGCUCAGAGCCUGCCCGACCUCGCUUCCCUCAACCUCAGUGGCAACCACCUGCGGACCGUGGAGGCCGGCUCCCUCGCCCUGCCCGCCCUGCGGCAGCUGGACCUCAGCGGAAACGCGCUGGUCUCCCUCAGCCCGCAGGCCUUCGGGGAGGGCGGCAGCCCGCUGGAGGAGCUGGCCCUCCGCGGGGCCCUACGCGAACACGGCGUCCUCCUCAGCCUGGCCGCCCUGCUGCAGUCCGGGGCCCUGCCCAACCUCAGCCGCCUGGAGCUGGCCGACAACGGGCUGCUGCUGCUGCCCGCCGGCAUGUUCACUGCCCUGCCGGCCCUGCGGCAGCUGGACCUCAGCAACAACUCCCUGGUGGGCCUGCGAAAUGUCUCUUUCCAGGGAUUGGGCCAGCUGCAGAGCCUCAACCUCAGCGACAACUCCCUGGGUGUGCUGAGGAACAGCACCCUGGCCCAGUUCCGCAGCCUGCCUGCGCUCCGGCACAUCGUCCUGGGCCACAACACCUGGGUCUGUGACUGUGCCAUCGAGGACCUGGUGGCUUGGCUCAAGGAGAGCGACCAGGUGGAGGGCAAAGAAGCCCUGACCUGUGCCUCCCCUGACAAGAUGUUGGGCAAAGCCCUGCUGAAGAUCAAUGGCUCGGACCUGAACUGCUCCGUGCCCAUAGACCUGCCUUCCCAGCUACAGACUUCAUACGUCUUCCUGGGGAUAGUCUUGGCUCUCAUUGGGGCCAUAUUCCUCCUAGUUUUGUACUUGAACCGAAAAGGAAUCAAAAAGUGGAUGCACAACAUCAGAGAUGCCUGUAGGGAUCACAUGGAGGGCUACCACUACAGAUAUGAGAUCAAUGCAGACCCCAGGUUAACAAACCUCAGCUCCAACUCGGAUGUCUGACGAAGUGCCCCAAAUGCAGGGCAGUGCUAAGUACCUAUGCAUGAAAAGUAGACUUAUGCUUUACCCUUGUGCUUGCUUCCAUCUCCCCUGAAAAGUCUCGGACAUGCUUGUAACUUGAGGGGGAUAUGCCUCCCUGUGAUGUCAAAUUAAUUUUUGUUUUGAGAUACUGGACUGCUGAGCAUGGCAUUCAGCUGUGUGUAGGAAACAAGCUGCUACUUAGUUUCCUCCUUACCUGUCUGCACUUGUGGGAAAUGUUUUUUUCAAGAUGUCAAGAGAAAAAAAAGGAUUCUCUCUGAUGAUCCAAAGCCACAAGAGUUUAUAAAACGUUUACUGAUGCAGACGCCAUUCAACAAAAGCUGCCUCAACUUUUUGGGAAAAAUAAUGUUACGUUCCUCUGUGCCAGUUUUGAUCUCGUAUAUCUGAAUUGAGAUGCGAUGAUUACAUUUCAUAGACUAUCUUGAGAUUUUAAAAACAAAAUAAACUCCUUUUAACAGCUCUUCAGAAGGAAAUCAAAUAGCAAGCAUGCACAAAUACUGUAUAGUUUUACAUGUUACGAAAUUUACGAUCUCAGUAAGUCCCUUACUAUUUUGUAGUUACUUUUGAUUGCAGUUUAUGUGACUUGACAGAAUUUUUUUAUACAAACUGCAUCUAAACUCCAUCUAAACUCAGUCUGAACUGUUAAAUUCAAUAAACAGUCUUACAAGAACUGUUGUGUUUGCUGUUCUAUGAGAAAAGUAUGGACAUCUAAGAAUGUGAAUAGUGCUACAGUCUCCGAAGUAAUAGCUCUGCAGUAGUAAUAUGAAUAAAAGUUUAUACAAAUGUGUAGCUUAGAGCCAUAAAUGUUUGACAAUUUUGUGAUAUAUGUUAGGAGAAUUAUACUGAGUUUAAUUACACUGAGAAUUAAAUGAUGAGAGCAGUUUCACUUGGCACAAACCCCUCAGACUGCGUUCUGAAAGCACCUGCAUAAUGUCAAGACAGAUGUUGGGGUCCACUUCGCUGGGAAGGUACAAGCUAAUAGAAUUUUCAUAAGGUCUUCUCUACCAAA